CAUUCAACUCAAGCAAUCCCAGUACUGAAAAAAUGAGGACUCGUGCCUUGAUUUUCCUUACCUUGGCUUCCUUGCUGGGAGCCUUUGCAGAGCAAUGUGGGAAGCAGAAUGGUGGAGCCUUAUGCCCUGGAGGCCUUUGCUGCAGUGAGUAUGGUUGGUGUGGCACCACCGAAGCUUACUGCGGUAAAGGUUGUCAGAGCCAAUGUCCCACACCACCAGCCCCUGUACCUUCACCACCUCCAACUAUUCCAACUCCUCCACCCCCUCCUGGUAGUGGUGGGGACCUUAGCUCUCUCAUCCCUCAGUCUCUCUUUGAAGAGAUGCUUAAGCACCGAAACGAUGUGGCAUGUCCAGCCAAUGGCUUCUAUACUUACGACGCUUUCAUAUCUGCCGCAAGUGCCUUUCCUGACUUUGCGACGGUUGGUGAUACGGAGACACGCAAAAGGGAGAUUGCGGCUUUCUUAGCACAAACCUCCCAUGAAACAACUGGGGGAUGGGCUGAUGCACCUGAUGGACCAUAUGCUUGGGGAUAUUGUUAUGUUAGGGAAAUUGGUGAACCUGAUGGUUACUGUGUCGCAAAUGCUCAAUGGCCAUGCAUUCCUGGUCAGAGUUACUAUGGUCGAGGACCCAUCCAACUUUCAUACAACUACAACUAUGGACCGGCUGGAGAAGCCCUUGGCUAUGACCUCCUCAGCAAUCCGGAUCUGGUCGCCACUGACUCAGUCAUUUCAUUCAAAACUGCCUUCUGGUUUUGGAUGACCUCACAACCCCCAAAACCGUCAUGCCACGAGGUUAUCACCGGCCGAUGGACACCUUCACCUUCCGACACAGCUGCUGGUCGGGUCCCAGGAUUCGGCGUCAUCACCAACAUCAUCAAUGGAGGACUCGAAUGCGGGCAUGGCUAUGACAGCAGGGUGGCCAACCGAAUUGGGUUCUACAGGCAUUUUUGCGACUUAAUGGGAUUGAGCUAUGGCGACAACCUCGACUGCUACAACCAAAGGCCGUUCGGCAAUGGAAUGGAGUACUUUCGCUUAAUGAAAUGAAUUACUAUCUCUGUUUGAGUCGUGCAUCUAAUGCCAUAAAUCUCUAUAUGUAACCUAAGAUAUUUCUCUUAGCAUGAAUAAAACUAUCUUAGCCAUACAAAAUGGAAAA